UCGGCCAGAGAAAGAAUGGCCCAGGACGGUUUUGUCCUUGUUUCUCGAGAAAGCCAGAUCACCAAGAAGAGCCACGCGGCGGCCAACACCGCCCCAACUCGCCAGCAUGAGGGCCCUCACGACCAUCUGGCUGAAAUUGCCUCAUUUGUCGACAGUCAGUCGGAGAAGCUGUGGCACUUGAACAAGUUCAUCCACAGUAAUCCUGAGCCGGCUUUUCAGGAGUUCAAGGCUCAUGAAGCUCUCACCAAGUUUAUGCGCUCGCGGCCUGAGCGCUGGCAAGUGACGUCGUCUGCUUGCGGAAUCGAGACAGCAUGGAUAGCAGUCUACGAUAGCGGCAGAAAGGGACCAGCUGUCUCUUUCAAUGUCGAGAUGGAUGCCCUCCCCAAUCUUGGUCAUGCUUGUGGUCACAACCUUAUCGCCUCUGCUUCCCUCGCUGGAGCACUCGCGACGGCCCAUAUCAUAGAGAAGCACUCUUUGGCCGGAAAGGUUUAUGUCUUUGGCACCCCAGGAGAAGAAGGGUACCACGGGGGUAAAAUCCAGCUUCUCAACCGAGGUGCCUACGACAAGGUUGACAUCUCCCUCAUAUCUCACCCUUCCAUCUUGAACAACUCGCCAUUUGUUCGAACCACAGCCUUCUGCCGACUUGAGGUGGAAUUCUUUGGCCGGGCAGCCCAUGCGGCCAAUGCUCCGUGGCAGGGAAUCAACGCUUUGGAUGCGCUGGUGGCGUCCUACAACUCCAUCUCGAUGUUGCGUCAACAGACGCAGCCGAGCGACAUCAUCGGUUUUGCCAUUACCAACGGCGGGGGAGAUGCUACCAAUGUUAUCCACGCGUACUCGUCGGCUGUGUGCACGAUUCGAUCCUCGAGCGCGUCCCGUGUCGAUACGCUGGCUGACAAAGUCGGCGCGUGCUUUGAUGCCGGUGCUCAGGCUACUGGUUGCACUGUGGGGAUCAAGGUGAUCAAGGGAUACAAAGAUCAUGUCCCCAACAUGCAUUUGGCCGCUUCGUUUGCUGAACAUUGGAGCUCACUGCCAGACCCGUAUCCCGUUGGGCCGGAAUUGCGGGCUCAUGAGAGAGGGUACACGUAUGUCAAGGCGAGCACCGAUCAGGGGGACAUCAGCCAUGCUUUGCCGUCGAUCAAUGUCAGUUUUGCGAUCCCUGCCGGGCCGGAAAAAGGUGGCCCUCAUAGUGCCGACUUUGAGAAGGCAGCGGGAACCAAGUGGGCUUUUGACCGAGCCUUGAGGGUGGGCAAGGGGAUGGCGGGUGUGGCUGUUGAUGUCCUGACGCGAGAUGGGUUUCUUGACACAGUGAAGGGAGAAUGGCGAGAGAGGUUUGGGGUUGAGAACAAACUUUGA